AUGAAAUACCCCAAGAGAUACAAGAUCAUUGAUGGAUACAACACGCACAUCGUCGCUUCCCCAUCCUACCUUUCACUCGACACUCUUACACAUACACCAAAUCACAUACGAUACAGCCCGUUCGCCCCCCUUUUAUGGGUUCGUGUGCAGCAACUUUCGCCCACAUAG